UCUGACAUCCUAGGCGCUCGGCUGGUAUAUGAGUGUGUGCGCAGCGUCGUCCCGGACCAAAGUGCAACGGUCCGCGGAUCGUCUCCCCGCUCAAGAUGGAACCGAAGAAGGUCGACCCGUCUUUAAUCAACGACAGCAGCCAGGUGGUACUGUACGGGGAAUUCUUCGCCGCUGACAACCCAAAAGUCAAGUUCGUCGUCAGCUUGACCGAGACGGACCUCGCGGUCCAAAAGCUCCUCGCGCCCUCACCUGUCCUCGGGCGGAGCAGGCAAACGUUCAAUUUAAAGGACUGCGUCGGUGCUCGUUCUUACCGGGAAGAUGACAACGAAGACUCGGGGGCAUACUUUUCGGUCUACUUUUAUCCUCUGAAGAAGCGGUGGAUGUCCACCGGUGUUUCGAGGCAGCGGGUGGAGCAGUGUUUCCAGAUCGCGUCGGUCCAGGACCCGCGCGCUAACCUGGAAGAGGCGGAUAAAUGGGCUCGAGCGAUCCAACAGCGUAUGGGACUCCUGCAGCCCUCCAGAGACGGGGUGUUGCUGAGCGAGGUACGACGGCCAUGCAGGGUCAUGCUCCUGGUGAAUCCGCAGAGCGGGAAGGGCCAGGCCCUGGCGCUGUACAACGGACCCGUCCAGCGCAUGCUCCACGAGGCCGGGGUCCCACACACACUCUUCAUCACCGAGCGGAAGAACCAUGCCAGAGAGCUGGUACGGGAGGCUGACCUCAGCCAGUGGGACGCCCUGGUCAUCAUCUCAGGAGACGGAUUACUGUACGAGGUUGUAAACGGUCUGCUGGAGAGGGAGGACUGGGAGCAGGCCAUCCACACCCCUCUGGGGAUCCUGCCCGGGGGCUCAGGGAACGCACUGGCGGCCUCCAUCCACCACUACUCUGGAGGCCCGCUGGUGUCCAGCGAGGAGCUGCUGGUCAGCUGUGGCUUCAUCCUGUGUAAGGGCCUGGUGUCCCGCAUGGACCUGACCUCGGUCCACCUGGGCUCGGGCCAGCGCCUCUUCUCCUUCCUCUCCCUGGCCUGGGGCUUCGUGGCCGACGUGGACGUGGAGAGCGAGAAGUACCGGCACGUGGGCGCGGCCCGCUUUACCGUGGGCACGCUGGUGAGGCUGGCCUCGCUGCGCGUCUACCGCGGCCGACUCUCCUACCUCCCGGCGGACGACGACGGGGACACCGGCGCCGAGAGGGGAGCCAUCCCCACCGGCGGCGGAGACCACACCUUCCGCAACACCUGCAGCUCCAACAACGGCCUCAACACAAAGAGGAGGGAGACCCCCUCGCUCUACGGCCCCGCCGACUCCCUUUUGCCCCCCGCCGAUGGGCCCGUGCCUGGCGACUGGGCGGUGGUCCCGGAGGAGGACUUUGUGCUCAUGCUGGCCAUGUACCAGUCGUGCCUGGCCGAGGACCUGCUGGGCGCCCCCAACGCCGCCUUGGACCAGGGCGUCAUCCACCUCAUGUACGUCAAGGCGGGGAUAUCGCGCGCCUCGCUGCUCAAGCUGUUCCUGGCCAUGGAGAAGGGCACUCACCUGGCCACCGGCUGCCCGCACCUGGUGUACCGCAGGGUGCGGGCCCUGCGGCUUGAGCCCUACGCCGCGAAGGGCCUGAUCACUGUGGACGGGGAGGCGGUGGAGUACGGGCCGGUGCAGGCGCAGGUGCACCGCGGUCUGGCUAGGAUGAUCACUGGAUAACUAAGCCAACGGCUAGGCUAAUGGCUAGCGGUACUAUGACGGGCUCUUGGAGUGCAACAAAUCUUUUUUUUAAGCAAUAUAUUGGGUAUCUGAUUAGUGGUUGAAGGUUUGUCUAGAAAACAAGUGACCCGUACAAUGUGUGUAGUCUGUGUGUUAGAAAGACGCUCUACCCCGUGUGACAGUCCAGGGUAUACCUUCAUGCUUUUAAAAAACACAAUACACCAAAAAAUGAAAUGCGUCAAUGGCACGCUUGCGUACUACUUCAAAAUGUACGAUGUACUAUGUGGUCAAGCCACCAUAUCACCAUGACUCUCUUCUCAUGUGCUCUGAUGUAACACAGAGGAAUCAGACUCAUGCCUUUUGGUGUUUGUGUGUGUGUGUGUGUGUGUGUGUGUGUGUGUGUGUGUGAUGUGUUUUGCACAUUUGUGUGAUGUCUCUGCGUGAUGCGGGCACGCUCAUGUCCUAGUGCUACGGGCAUGUGAGGCAGCGACUUGUCGCGUCAUUCACAUGAUUAUCGCUGGAUCUUUUGCACCAGUGUUCCACCGCGGCCCUGAAGGCAUCUGUGGGACAGUUGGUUGGGAAGUCAACCGGAGGGCCCUAGUGCCAUGCUCAAGGUCACCGACGCUCCAGCCACCCCCUACGGCUAAUGGGGAAGAGCACGGCUGUAACUCCAGUGGAGUGGUUAAUGCCUUUGAUCAGGCUGCAUCACAAUCAUGCACAAAGCUUUUCAAAUGUAUUUUCAUAUUGUGAUACAGUGAGUCUGUCAGAAUUAAUUAUGACAUUAUGAGAAUACACCCCAAGAGAAUAAUUGUAUUCUUAUCUUUAGAUGAACUGGGUUGAUCAACCCAUCGACUCAUCAAGCAAAAGUUUCCGAGACAUGGCUAAAUGUCUUGAAACCUCCGAAUGUAACAUUGAAACUGUGAACCAAAUGAAUAUAUCUAAUUUAUAAAAGGAUCAUUUAUCAUA